AUGCCUCCAAAAGCCCCCUCAAAUCUACGGCCCGUGCAGAAACCAGGUGUCCAUGCUGUCAGGCCAUCACCACUACCCAAGCCAGCGCCCCGGCCAGUGAAUCCGGCGGAUAUCCGGAAGACCAAGGAGUAUAAGGUUGCUGCGCGACGAUGGUUGUCCACUAUCGUGGCGUUGCCGAUUGUGAUGUACACUUCUUGGAUUCUCUAUGAGCGUAUUUACGGGAAUAAGAGCCCAAGGAGGUUGACGCCACAGCAGCCGCCACAGGAGUCGUCUCCGUCUGCUUCUUCCUCAUCUCCUUCUUCAUAG